AUGGGCAACUGCCCGAGCGCGGGCGCCUUCUUUCGUCUCAGCGCCGCCGACACUGCGCUCAGCUACGCCGAGUAUGGAGUCCAGCUCAACUUCAGCAAGGUGAUGCCCAACCCGGAGUCGCGUGAGACGCUCGAGCGGCUGGCCGGCGGCCGUUGUGGCGCCCCGCCCGCCGGCAAGACGCUCUGGUACCUGCUUCCACCUCGGGACGACGCAUCGGCAGACCUCCUCCUCCGUGGCUGCGAUCCGGACGGCGUCGGUGCUGACCUGUAUGCCGUGAGCGGUCAGUGUGACGCCCUCCGCCUGAUCGGCUGCUCCGGCAACGCCGAGGUGCAGGGAGGCACGACCACGGCGUGCAGCGUCCUGCGUGUGCCCGCCGUCGCACUGCGAGGCCAGCAGCAGCUGCGCGUUGCCGCCGUGGCUAGCGCAAACGCCACCCGCCCGGCAGGUCCGGGUCCGUGGCUGACGGCGCGGUACGAGGCCUCACCGGGCGCGGCCGGUCCGGCCCUCGCGCUCACGCUCGGCGUCACGCUGGCGGCGCUCGUGCUCUGCGGGAAGGCGCUCCGAUUGACUCGACGCCCGUCCCUCAACGGCGCGGAGCCGCUCAGCGGCGCGGAGCCGCGGCCGGCGUGGCCGCGUUGCGGCUCGAGCCUGGCGUGGCUACUGCUGGCGGCGGCGCCGGGCGUGUUGGUGGGGAGCUCGUCCGCCGCCGCCCUCGGCGCCGUCGCCGCCUCUGUCCGGGCGGGGGAGAGGUCGUGGUGCAGCGUAGUGCGGAGGCUCCUCUUCGACCGCUCGCCGUCGCUGCUCCCGGCGGAAGAGGUGGCCGCCUCGAGCCUCUCCCGUGCCGCCUUCGGCGCGCGGCUCCGCAACGGCACACCCUUCGUGGUGCGCGGCGCAGCGCGCUUGCCCGCCGACAUCGACUGGGCGGGGAGGCUGAGGGCGAGGUGCGGCCGCUCGCGGUUCCGGCUAGGAUCGCCGGCGGAGCGAACCUUCUUCCGCUCUUGCCCGUGGGCGGCGCGCUGGGCGCUCUCGCUCCUCUCGUCGCCUCUCCGGCUCGCGGGUUACCGGUCGGUGGACGAGUACGAGGAAGAGCAGGCGCACCGCUCCACGCCCUACCGCUGGCUGCUGCGCCCGUGGCUCUACCGGCCGCUAGGCCUCCUCCUCGAGACGAUGACCGCGUCGCCCUACCUCUACGACAACGCGAUCGCGGCCUUCUGCCCCGCGUGGGAGGGGGAGCUCUCCUCGCUGCUGGGGACCCCCUCCCUCUUCGACUGGACCGGAGGCGCGCAGCGUUGCUACCGCACCGCCCACGGGACUGAACCCACACUGGGUUCGAUACUCCUUGGAGGUGUGGGCGCCGCGCUGCCGCACCUGCGCGCCUCCAACCUGCUGCACAACCUGAUGCACGCCUUCUUCUCGCCGCUCGCGCACGGCUGGCACGCCACCAUUGCGGACGGCGACCUCUUCGUGCUGCCCGCCCACCACCCGCACGCAGUGCUCCUCUCCGGAGAGCUCUCGCUCGGCUUCAAGUGGACGCUGCGCUGCGCAGACGACGAUGGGCCGUGCGAGCCGGCGGGCACCGCUGCGGACGAGGGGAUGCAGCGGUGGAGAAAUCCGAACGACGUUUCCGCGCUGGCGGCUGCUGCGGCUGCGCCGGGAGGGGCGGGCGAGACCGUCAGUGCCGCCGUCAGGCGAGCUUCCGAGAUCCAGCCGCGGCCUGAGCGGGAGGAGAGGUGA